AUGCGUUUGUCGGGGAUUCUGCCCUCUCAGGCUAUAGAAUCGCUCUUGGCAGGAGCCUCUCCGACGGGAGGAGUGGGGAGACCGCGAUCGUUGGCCGCAGGACGCGGUGACAGGGGUGACGAAACGCAGAAACGUCGGGUGUGACUUGAAUCACACCGUCGGUAUUUCAUACUCUAUACAUAUACUCUUGUUCGCACGUGCAGAGAUUUGAUUUAGACGCAUUAUUCUUAGCUAAUCACCAGUGGAAUCCCGUUAAAUCUACAUCUAUCUACAUCUACAUAAAAGAAUGCACGACUUAAAUAAGGUUCUCAGCCGCGCGCGCGCGCCGAUCUUUCCUCCCCCCCUUCCCCCGCACGGUCCGGGAGGUGCGGGCGGAGCUCGCAACGACCUUCAUUUACGGGCGCCGAGCGCCCCCCGAGCCCCUACGGGAAAUCCGCGCAACCGCAGUUAACCGUGGUCGACUUUGGCGCGACGAUUGACCUCGCGGUCGGCUGCCCAUUUGCCCGGCGUCUCUGGUCUGCUCUGUCCCCGACCCCCCACCCAGUCUUUGUGGACUUUGUAUGUCCGGUCGUGUCUCGCUCGGAACGUCGACUUGUCGAACUACGAGUCCUCUUCUUUCACUCGAUCUGGAAGCUCUGUCGCCGUCGCCGAUUCUCGUCGGAUCUUUUGGAACCGAUCACCGAAACGGACUUCGAGGGGUUAGAGGAAGUGGCGCGGGUUUGUUCACGGGUGUGA